AUGUCGACCUCGUCGCUGCGGCGCCAGAUGAAGAACAUCGUGCACAACUACUCAGAGGCGGAGAUCAAGGUCCGCGAGGCCACGAGCAAUGACCCGUGGGGCCCGUCCAGCUCCCUCAUGGCCGAGAUCGCCGACCUCACCUACAACGUCGUCGCCUUCUCUGAGAUCAUGAGUAUGAUCUGGAAACGGCUCAACGACCACGGCAAGAACUGGAGGCACGUCUAUAAGGCCAUGACGCUGAUGGAGUACCUGAUCAAGACGGGCUCCGAGCGUGUGUCGCAGCAGUGCAAGGAGAACAUGUACGCGGUUCAGACGCUCAAGGACUUCCAGUACGUCGACCGUGACGGCAAGGACCAGGGCGUGAACGUGCGUGAGAAGGCUAAGCAGCUGGUGGCCCUGCUGCGUGACGAGGACCGGCUGCGUGAGGAGCGUGCCCACGCUCUCAAGACCAAGGAGAAGCUGGCGCAGACCGCCACUGCGUCCUCGGCGGCUGUGGGUGUGGCAGCCCCCGCCGAGGCGGAGCAGGCGUGGCCGCAGAGCAGCGGGGAGGAGGAGCUGCAGCUGCAGCUGGCCUUGGCCAUGAGCAAGGAGGAGGCCCCCCAGCCCCCGUCCUGUGGCCCCGAGGAUGACGCCCAGCUCCAGCUGGCCCUUAGUCUGAGCCGGGAACAGCACGAUAAGGAAGAGCGGAUUCGCCGCGGGGACGACCUGAGGCUGCAGAUGGCCAUUGAGGAGAGCAAGCGGGAGACUGGGGGCCAGGAGGAGUCGUCCCUCAUGGACCUCGCCGACGUCUUCACAGCCCCGGCUCCACAGCCCACCUCGGAUCCUUGGGGGGCCCCGGCCCCCAUGGCCGCUGCUGCCCCCACUGCUGCCCCUGCUUCGGACCCUUGGGGGGGACCCCCUGUCCCACCUGCUACUGAUCCCUGGGGUGGCCCAGCCCCAACGCCGGCCUCCGGGGACCCCUGGCGGCCCGCCGCCCCUGCUGGGCCCACGGCCGACCCUUGGGGUGGGACCCCCGUGCCCGCUGCUGGAGAGGGCCCUACGCCUGACCCAUGGGGGGGUGCUGACGGUGGGGCUCCGGUUAGUGGAACCCCUGCCUCGGAUCCCUGGGCCCCGGCCCCGGCCUUCUCGGACCCCUGGGGGGGGUCACCUGCCAAACCCAGCACUAAUGGCACUGCAGUUGCAGGAUUUGACCCUGAGCCUGAUGAGUUCUCUGACUUCGACCGACUGCGGACGGCCCUGCCCACCUCCGGGAGCAGCCCAGGGGAGCUGGAGCUGCUUGCAGGAGAGGCGCCCGCCCGCAGCCCCGGGGCCUUCGACAUGAGUGGGGUCGGGGGCUCCCUCGCUGAGGCUGUGGGGAGCCCCCCGCCUGCAGCCAGCGCGACCCCCACUGCCCCAACACGGAAGACGCCCGAGUCAUUCCUGGGCCCCAACGCAGCCCUCGUGGACCUGGACUCGCUGGUGAGCCGGCCCAGCCCCACGCCUGCGGGAGCCAAAGCCUCCAACCCCUUCCUGCCGAGCGGUGCCCCGGCCUCCGGCCCCUCGGUUACCAACCCAUUCCAGCCUGCGCCCCCCGCGACGCUCACUCUGAACCAGCUGCGUCUCAGCCCUGCGCCCCCAGUCCCUGGCGCACCGCCGACGUACAUUUCUCCUCUUGGGGGAGGGCCUGGCCUGCCCCCCAUGAUGCCCCCGGGCCCCCCGGCCCCCAACACUAACCCCUUCCUCCUAUAA